UACCGUAGACGUGAUAUAGCAAAAAUGAAAAUCCAAAUGCAAGAUGAAGGAAGAAAAAAGUAUAAGUAAAAGAUAGUAAAGAAAAUCUAAAGUAUCAAGGAAAUGAAGUCAAAGUGCGUGCGAUGAGGUUUCGGUAACGCAUAGACUAACAUGUCAUCCCAAUUAUCGCCAUUAGCGACCACCUGCGUGGUCUGUAGCAGAGGAAGCGCUGGCGAAACAGAGCUGCAGGAAUUGCGUUAAUGAGCACACCAGUCACGAGGACGAGGGCGGGAGCGGCGGUACACUAGGUUUCCACUCCGCAGAGGAGGAGGAGCACCCGGCUCGACGUGAUGGAUCGCUAUCAUGUGCUUCAUCUGGUGGGCGAGGGCUGCUUCGGCAAGGUUUUCAAGGGCCGGCGGAAGUACAGCGGACAGAUCGUCGGACUGAAGUUCAUCUCGAAGCGGGGCAAGUCAGACAAGGACCUAAGGAAUUUGCGAUCCGAAAUCAGCAUUUUGAAGCGUCUGGAGCACCCAAACAUCAUAUGUCUGUUCGACAGCUUCGAGACAACAACGGACUUUUGCCUCGUGACCGAGUUCGCCCACGGAGAGCUUUUCGAUGUUUUCCAAGACGACAAAAACCUCCCGGAGCCAGAGGUAAGUAAAGAUCGUGAUUAUGAAGAAGAAGUACCCCUUAUUUAGUUUUCCUCAUCGACCUGAUGAGGACGGGCCAAAAUGAUCCAGAUUGAUGUUGACAUUCUCUGCAAGAUGAACUCUACUUCUGUAAACCGUACUUGAGAAAAUUUGAACUUCAGGUGCAGGCGAUUGCAGUGCAGCUGAUUCAGGCCCUGCACUACCUGCACUCCCACCGCAUCAUCCACCGAGACAUGAAGCCGCAGAACGUGCUUGUCGGGCCCAACGAGCAGAUCAAGCUUUGCGACUUCGGGUUUGCACGCGCCAUGAGCUGCAACACGGUGGUGCUGACUAGCAUCAAGGGGACACCACUGUACAUGGCGCCGGAGCUGGUGCAAGAGCUGCCCUACAACCACACCGCGGACCUGUGGUCGGUGGGCGUGAUCCUGUUUGAGCUCUUCGUCGGUACACCGCCGUUCUACGCUAACAGCUUGUACAGCUUGAUCCACCUCAUCGUCAAGGACACCGUCUCUUACCCCUCAAACAUGGGGGCGCACUUCAAGGAUUUUCUGCAGGGUCUGCUGCGCAAGGACCCCCAGCAGCGGCUCUCCUGGCCGGGGUUGCUGCACCACCCCUUUGUGGCCGGGGCCGCGAACAAGUCUCGACCCAGCGCGGGGGCCAAGCACGGGAUGAUGAUGCAACAGGGCGGACAAAACGGCGGCGUGGGCGGCGAGAACGGAAACGCGGAUGGGGGCAAUGGCAAUCAGCAAGGCGAAAACACGUCGGGGGAGAACUUGCUGGUGAGCCAGAACGAUGACGGUCCGUCGAUGGGCGCAAAGAUGGGCACGGUGGAUACGGUCGACGAGCUCGAAUUCGACGACAACGACCCCGCGGCGACCACGCCCAGCCUGAAGCAGUACGCAUUCGCCUUCAACAGCGCAAACUUUCUGACCGCCGGGACACCAAGCGCCCCAUCGUUCUCAAACACCCAGGCCGGUGGCAGCAGUUCCUCGUCCUCUAGCAGCGGCACUGCGAACAAUCCUCAAAACCACUAUGCCACGACAUUGUACAAGGACGAAAAGUUUUUGCAGCUCCAGCACCAGCUCCUGCAGAAGUAUUGGGAGGUAAAUUUGUCCAGCUGUAAGCAACUCCCGGAACAGGACGUGCAACUUCCGGGGGUGCCGCCGUUGGGAAAGAUCCUGAACAGCGUGCAGUGGGUGUUGCGCAUCGCCGGCGAAAAGAAGCUGCGCUACGUAGACGAUCGAAAGCAGCAGGAUUUGUACAACGACUUUCCCAAAGAACUCUUCGGCAUCUUGCGGCAUCUGUUGCAGAAGAAGGCCUAUCCAAUGCUGAUCAUCGAGGUAUUGCGCGCGUUCCACUACUGGCUUCCGGCGGCGAACACAAAUUUCUCAAGCUCGGUCGGCGUGGAUUUCAUCCUUCCCUCGAUGAAGGAGUACAUGGAUGUGUUUGCCAUGCCGCUCUUCGCAGCCGGGCGCGGCGAAGGCGCGGCCGCGCCGGACCCGAAACAAACGCUGCUGCUGGCCCAGCACCUGCAGUGUCUCUCCAACAUCUACCUGACGCUCUCUGCGCACCGGUGGCUAGCGAAAAACCGCACGGAGUUGACGAACCACCUGAGGUGUGUGCUGCCGGUCCUGUGGGAGUUGGUUCUGGACCGAUCGGAUCCCACGUCAUCGCAGCCGGGCGCACUGAACCCGGAAACCGCGAGUCACCUCGCCGUGCAGUGCAUUGCAAAACUCGUGCACCCUCACUGCUCCACGUCGCCGAGGUUUUUGCCUUGGCCCAAAGCGGACGGCGACGCGUUCUCGCCGAGCGGGCUCAGUGCGGCGCGGCAAACGCUGCAAGUCGUGCGGGAGACCUUCACCGGGGACAACCUGCUCGCACACCUAUUCGAAACGGGUACCGAGUUCCAACGAAGUGGGAACUUUAAAGUGCUCCUCGCUUUGGAUCGGCCCCAGGAGCUCAGUGACAUCAUCAGCAGGACAUAUGGUAAGGACAGGAUUGUGUAUCGUGAUAUUGGGUUAAUGAAUAAGGCUUUCGCAGCAGCAGCUUGGGCUUCAUAAGAUAUGUGCUUUGCUCAGUGGUAUUUGCUCGUCGCACAGAAAUUAAAUCAACAAAGAAUAAUUGCUGAUAACGAACCAGGUGAUAGCACGCAGCUCCGUUCGCAGCUGAGCUUCUUGUUCGAAGCCAACUGUCCCGAACGCUUUUUGCGCGGCGCGCUUUGGGCUCGGGUCCUCGCCGAGGCGCUUCCCGUGCAGCAGUGUUUUUUUCUGGCCACUUCCAGUCCCGGCACGACCUCCUCGAGCAGCAGUCGAGCGCACCUCGAAGAUGCCAAGGCCAGCUGGCGGCCCUGGUGCGAGUCCUACCAUCUCCAGCACCUGGUGACGGCGCUGCAGGCGCGGGGCAACUUGCUGCAGCGGAUACAGUCUAAGACAGGGGGCCUCGAGAUCCUCCCCGUUGUGUGCUUCGUCACCCGAAUUCUAGAGGUGAUUUUCCGCGUCGCUGUGAUACUUUACCGUUCCGGCAAGCUGGACACCUACGCGCCGCUCGAAGUGCUCGACCCAUGGCUGCACGCCCUGUUCCAGUACUCAUUAUCACACUGCUCUAGCGCCGGGGACUUCGUGCCACCAGCAAGAAACAGAAAUAAGUGGGUGCCGGAUCAGUCCUUGUCCGCAGAAAUAGAGCCCGAAGACAGCAUGCUUGCCGGCGGAAAAAAGCUGUCACCAACUGGGGUACAAAGCAUACUGUGAGUUACCUUGACUUCGGCAGCGUCAUAAUUGAUUAGUGGUGCUGCAAGCGGCAAACAAAACCACAUUCAAAAGAUUUUCAUAUGGUUUUGUAAAUUCUUUUUGCUCGUGGACGGGAGCUUCCAGUAACUCUACACACAGGCAGGUAUUUUUGUGUGAACUUUGAAUUUGCCAAUGUACAAAUAUGAUGAAUAUGUAAGGUCGACGUAAUGUGUGACACAGAAGGACUACUUCUGGGUUUCGCGGAUUCAGGGGUCUUGGACAGUGUCCUGCAGUGCCUCAGCUUGCGAAUGCUACUCGCUAAAGAGAAGGACGACUGGGUGCUGCGUGAAUUCGUGACGCCCAUUUUUUCCUGCUACAGCAGCAGCCCAACCCAGUCGAAUGCAGCGAGUCCUGCACCGAAUGGGGGAGGCCCGAGCGCUGCGGCUACGGCUGGCGGAUCCUCUUCCUCGUCGUCCUCGUCGCACACGGCCAACGACUUCUGCAGCCUAGUUGGCCGGCGCGGUUUACUUGCCGCCUUGGACGUCUUCUACUCGUUCCGAUCGGCAAUCGACGGCAAGGGCCUAGAGAGCAAAUUCAAAUUCUUUCUGCGAGCACUGGAGUGUGCGGCAUCGUGUUACUCCGGGUAAGUGCCAGAAUCAAAAACUUUUUUUUUGGACGACGGCCCGCCAGUAUAGACAGUUAUGGAAAUGGUAGUACAGGCAACAGAAAGUCAAAAAUGUCAAAACAAAUGAAAGUAGGAGUAGCACUACCACCACACGGAUAAUGAAACUGCACUUUUUUUACCAGGUCAAGCACCACACAGUCGCAGCUUGACUCUGCGGUGUAUUCCGUUCCCGAAACGCACUACCUCACGGCCCUCCGCGUCCUCUACGACCUCGUGAACCGCGCACUCUGUCAGGCGAGCAGCAACAAAAACAUCUAUCCGCUUUUUUUGCAGCAGCAGACGGGGCUGUGGAAACCGAUCAAGGGCAUACUACAGUGGGUGCAAAGGUGUACGCUGACGAACGACACCGCAAGCACCUUCUCCAUGGCGACACAGCUGCUGUCGACGGUAGUCUUGCACCACCCCUCCCUGGCGCAGGAGUUCGUGCAGCACAAUGGCCUGGCGAUUCUUUGCACCGAGAAAAAGUGCUUGGUACCCGAGUUCGCCCAAAAGCAACCGCAUGUUGUCGUCGACGUGCUGCUCAUCUUAUCGCAGUUGUCGAGGCUUUCGAAAGAAUUCUACCCUGCUUUGCAUCGACUGAACAUGUACACGGAGAUUUGCCACUUGUUGCAAUGCAAUGAUGCGAAUAUUCGUGCAAAGACCGCGAACGUGGUCGGAAACAUGAGUCGGCACUCCGACUUCUUCUACGCGCACCUGUCGCGAACCGGGGUCUUAGCGAAGCUGGUGCCGCUCUGUCGCGACCCGGACCCUACGACGCGAAAGUUCGCGUCUUUCGCGGUGGGAAAUUCGGCGUUUCACUCAAACUACCUGUACCGCGAACUCCUCCCUUCCGUCGCGUUGUUGCGCGACUUGCUGCAACUUAGCAACGACGAGAAAACGAGAGCGAACGCGGCCGGCGCACUCGGAAACCUGGUGCGGAACUCGAGCGAGCUGUGCGAGGAAAUCGUCACUCAAGGAGUGUUGGAAGCCCUACUGGAACUUAUUGGCUGUCCCAGGAACGAAAACUUCAACAGCACCAGCUCCUUAUCGACGUCGACAUCCAGUAGCACGGUGCUCGCACGGGCUGAGUCAGACAGUUCCGUGAAGAUCGCGCUUUUUUCCCUCGGAAAUCUCGCCGUACAUCCCCUGUGCAAACAACGCCUGCGGGAGCUGCAAACAGAGCAAUUUGCGCAAGGCCUUCUGCGAACCAAGGGCGCCGUUGCGGCGAACGAAUCUACAAACACUAGCACGGCGUCGUCAACAACAGGCGAAAAUUUGCUUCACCGCUACGCGCAGCGGCUACUUCAGAAAUUGAGCAGCUAGAGUAAUCUACCGCACAGCCUAGUUGUGUGAUGUGUUUUUGCCUUUAUCUUUGCCUUUUCACUGUCUAGGAUUCAUAUUUAAUUUGCGUUUAUUUGACAAAAAUGGAAGAUGAAGAUCACGUCAUAAACAUGACGUCAUCUUCUUAAGUUACUCUUCACCAUCAAAUCAGCAUGUCUUUCCUACAAGGACUUUGUAUCUGGGAUAUCAAGAUCAAGAAGUGCGUUUUGAUAUCCCAUGCUGCAUCUAGCUAUCAAACUUUUUCCUCAUUCUCAGGUUAUUCUGGUUUUUGUUUGUUUUUUCCCGAAGAAAGCCGACCCGCCCAAUGAGAUGAGGCGGCUCUCUUUUUUUUUUCGCGGAGCAUGAUAAAUAGUUGCCCCACAUCAAGGAAAGC